AUGUCUUCUGCCAGAAAGCAGCUUUGCGUUGCGUUCUUACUUAUGCUGAUAAGACACAUAUACAACGAGCAGCAGAGACUGGACACAAUCUCUCAAAGGAACAUUUUUCAUAGGAAACAAUGCAGGCCAUCGUUGGGGAAGCUGAUCAGCAGGCCGUUGCGAACUCAAGGGUCCAGCAGCAAGGAAGAGACGAGGUUGAGGGGAGGAGGCGAAGACAUCAGCUUGUCAGAUAUCCAAGGGGACAUAUCAGUGCCGGAGAAGAGCCCGACGCCGAGAGAGCCAUCGCCCCCUUACUACCCACCUCCUGACCACUCCAACAUCAGCAACUUAUUCAAUCUCCCUCCCGGCACCAUCUUCACUCGAGACGUGAGGCCGGAGGACCCGAACCUGACGUACUGGAGGUCCCCCAUCGAGAAGGACCUGGGGUGGGCUGGUCCAGUGUGGGGCGAAGACUGCCCCGAGGCUACAAUGGACCCUCCUCCAGGGCAUAUCAGAACAUGGGGCGACUGCGAAAACAACGAGACGUUUGUCGGGUGCUAUGACGACGGAACGCCGGCGCUGUAUGGGGAAGUGGAGCAUCAUUUCCGCCAUGAGAUGAACAAGUCCUGCGAUGAGCUCUCUGACUCCAUGGAUCACCUUCCCGAGCUCAUGUACCUUUACCGCCAACGGCCAAACUACACGGGCAUGACUGAGUUCGACCCCAAGGUGCACGAGGGCUACAACGGGUGGAUUGGGAGGGGCUCGACACCAAAGGAGGAGAUGGAGGACGAGUAUUCUGAUGGAGGAUGGGGCGUCAAUCAUUACGAGGUUGGGAGGAGCAUACAGUACGUGAAUGUUCCGAUGCAGCAUCAGGACUUCAUGCGGGUGGGGAAGGAGGCGCGGGAGAGAGACGACGAGAUGAGCGGAGGAGGGAGUGAUAAGGGGAGUGAAGGUUCCGACGACCUGGACAGAGACGAUGGCAAUGAGACGUCCAGCAGCGCAGAAAUCGAUGCGAGGCAGCUCAAUGUGCACAAUCACACCAGGGUACGAACAUGGCAAGAAGUCCUGCAAGCGCACAGGAAGCAGUACAUGAACGUAACUUGGACCCCCGACUACUGUGAGAUUCCUGCACAAAGAGCUGAAGAUGAGCCGACAGAUGUCAUUAUGAGUACGAAGAUGGUCAAUGGCAGCCGCAUACGGCGAGAGGAAGACAUCUGCAGACUUUUUCUCGAAGGCGAGCCGGUCGAUGCCGGAUUCACGGGGUGGACAUUUGAGGAAGUGAAACGUGAAAACCUCUUGAGGUUGCAGAAGUGGAGGAAAUGGAGGAAGUGGCUCGAAGAGGAGAGGGAGAGAAGAAAACCGCUCUGGUCCAGGAAUCUUACGGAGUGGCAGGACUUCAACAUGACCUUUGUAGACCUCAAUGGGAAUAAGUUCCCGGCGUCCAAGGGGAGAACUCCGAGCGAGGUUCAUGCCAACACCGUCUCUGCCUACCUCAAGAAUGCCUUGGACCAAGCAGCGCACGCGCACAGGCAGUUAUACAAGGAGCGGGAGGAAAGUCUCAAGAGCAUAGAAGAUCCAACGGUCUCCCCUUGGAUAUACAAGAACGGGUAUCGCUUCCGUCUGCGGCAGAUCAUCGGAGGAAUAUGCCUCCAGCCUGAAGUUCAGGUCCCCGGAUCUUCGUGGGUGUUUGGUUCCAAGGAGGCUCAGGGGGCGGUGGAUGCAUGGAUUGCUGCGAAUGAGGUGAAAGGGCCUGAAGACUGCUGGAACUGUAUGGAGCAUGAAGCGUCUCAAGACGAAGAAUUCUACUGCAAGACCUUAGAGCAAACUCCUGACAACGCUUCUGCUCUGUGCGAUUACGGCCUCCUCCUUUAUCGUCAAGGGAGAGAGGCGGAGGCGGAGGAUGCGUUUGCUCAGGCGGUCAAAUGUCCCAUGAAGACUGCUGCUGGAGCCAAUUUCCCACCUCACGUCACAGCCUACCACAACUUGGCAGUGAUCAAGGCGUAUGACGGGAAGAUGGAUGAGGCAGAGGACUUACUGCAGCGAUCUCUUGCUCUCUACCCAGAGAACGAUCGGGUGAUGGUGAAACUCGGGGAGAUCAUGGAGGACGAGCACAAAGACUUCGAGGAGGCUGAGAGGCUGUACUCGCGUGCUUUCGUCUUGAACCCCUACGGGAAGGAGAUGCUUUAUGCAUAUGGAAGAUUUGUUUUCACUGUACGUCGAGACUUCAACUCAGCUAAGAUGCUAAUAGAGAUGUCUGUCAAGGUCGACCCGUUCUGUGCCCUCAAGCAGUUUGUCUAUGCUGUCUUCUUGCUCGCGGUGAUGGGGCGAAGAGACCAGGCUAAGGACGGGUUGGAGUGGACAGUCAACGAUGAUCUGGGAAAGAAGAUGGCAGACGCUUCCGUGCUCUACGCCGUGCUCCUGCUGAACAGAGAGCUGGAGCCAGAGCUGAGAGAUACCCCGGACUACGAUUACAUCAAGUCCAAGAAGAGGGAGAGAGUCAGGAUAGAGCAGAAGAUUUUCUUGCCGGAGGGCGACGAGAGCAGCGAGCUGGAGCGAACGCUCGAUGCUGCUGACCUCUCUAGCUACACUCCAGCCUACAGCCAGCUGGAAUACCUCAAGAUCUUUGCGGUCUGUCGCGAUCUAGAGCAGGCACGUGAGCUCUUUCAGCAUGCUCUCGAGCUCGAGCCGAACAGGGUUGAUGCAGCGCUGGGACUGAGCUGGGCAGUGCGGGAGGAGUCAAAGGGAGGGAGGGAGGAAGUUCGCAACAAGCUGGAGGAGCUGUUGGGCCUGUUCCCCAACAACACUCGCCUCCUGCGAGCUUGUGCCGAGUGGGACUGGCAUGAGAAGGGGAACCUCUCCUCGGCUCACGAUCUCUACCUGCGGGCUAUGAAGGUUGCUGAUGAGAGGAUGACGAUGGAGACAGAGGGAGGAAGCCGGAAAGAGGAGAAAGAACAGCGGAAGAAGGAGGAGGAGGAGAAGGAGGAGGAGAGGUUCCUGCUGCUCAAGAAUACCUUCUUCACCAACGACACCAUCAUUGACAAGUUGCCCCCGCUGAAACGCGAAGCCUUGAUCCCCUUCUCCCAGCACAAGUUCAGCUGGAAGAGCUUGUGGUCAGCUGAGGGGUUCCUAGACGACGCUUCCUAUGCCAGGGUGUGGCUGGACUUCGGUUACUUCCUCCUCUACUCUGGGCACAGGGAGGAGGAGGGAGAGGAGAGAUCGAUCCUCAACGCCGAGAUGGCCAGCAAGCUCGCUCGCAGGUUGCUGUCGCAUCGACCCAAGGAUGAGAGAGCUGCCGUUCUCCUCGCCCUCGCCGAGGCCCGUCUGAAAUCGCUCGAGGACGGGAUUGCGCAUCUCAAGUCGUGGUUGGAGUACAAGACCGUGAUGACGUCAGCACUGCCUUCUCUUGCCAGGAAGGGUCUGGUGAAGCGAGGGCAGAAAGCCACGCUCACGUCCUCCUACGCCCUGGGGAAGCCAUGGGCGCACGACGCGAUCGCGGUGCUGGGGGAUGGGAUGAUGAAGUCGAACUCGUCGCAGAGCCGAGUAGCAGAGAGCAUGCUGAGGGCGGUGCUGAGGCUGAAUCCCUACCAUCUCUCCACCCUCCUCGUCCUCGGCGAUCAUCACAGCCGCACAGAAAGGAAGGAGGAGGCGUUCAAGUUCUUCAAGCGUGCCUUCCGCAUGUCUCCCUUCCUCAUGGGCGAAGCCUGCGUACAGGAGUUUGCGGCUAUUGCCAGCUCUCCCGACGGGACCCACCUUCCUCUUCCUGCUGGGGUGAGCCGGCAGCAACUUGAUCAGCUGGCCGCAAACAUGACGGGGAGGGCGCCAUGGCCCUUCCUGAUGGCAAGGAGGGAGCGGGAGAGUGUGCUGAAAAGGAUUGGAAACAGUCUGUCUCUUGCCAUGAAGAGCAGGAGCGAGGACGAGGAAGUCGUGAGACAGUCGACGAACAAGAAGAGACAGUAUUCUGCGUCCUCGCCCUCUCUGUUCAAGAAGAUCAGAACCAUCGGAACAAGCGCCUCCUCCUCCCUGCUCAAGUACUUCAGCUGGAGGAACCUUUCCUCCUCCUCCUCCUCCUCCUCCUCCUACUUCAAGGAUCUUGCAGCCUCUUUCAGUCUGCGGGGUGUCAGGGGAGGAGAAGAACUUGCAUUGCGAGGAAGAGCACCGGCAAGAGGGGAUGCGCGGAAGGGAGACAACGAGGACCCGUCGCAGCUGGGCUUCUUCAGCUCGUUUCUGUCGUGCCCCGGGGGCAAGAGGAGGCGAUGGAAGAAGCUCGAGAAGAAGCACGAGGAGCUCAAGGAGCAGCUGGAGGAGCUGAGAAGACUCAGGAGGAGACUCGAGGACAUGCAACAGGCGUCCUGCUCCCUUGACAAGACUAUGAACGAAGAGCUGGAGUUUGACUUGGAUCAGCAGCGGGAGUUUGACCAGCUGCGAGUUGCGAAGAGGAAGACAAGGAGUGAGAUCGAGAGGAUGGAGAAAGUCCUCGAGAGGUACGGGGACGAGCAAACGAUCAGUCGAGUGCUCGAGGAGACUGGCAGCUUCUUGAAACGAGUGAAGAGAUCCGAAUCGUCGUCCGGCAGGCUGGAGCAAGGAAACAGUACAGAGCCAAUGCUGGUGAAUGUGAAGGCAGACGUGAUGGCAAACAUGUCUCAUGACAGCCUUGAAGUUGCCGCACCUGAUCGAAAUUUGACCCGGCAGCUCCUCUGCUCACGGGCUGCGCUGCUGCAUCUUCGGGGGAGGAGUCGACACGCGAGGAGACUGCUGGGCUCCUGCAGGAAGUUGGCGGAGGAUGAGCUGUGCAGAUCGGAGCAGCCAGCAGUGGAGCACGUGUUUCUCUCCUCCCUGUGCUGCUCCCCUCUCCUCAAGAAGCCUUCAGUCCAGCAGUCUCUGACUCUCCUUGAUCGGGCAGAGCAGCUCCUCCCUCACAACCCACUCCUCCUCCUUGCAAGGUACAGGUACCAGUUGGCUCGGGUGCGGCAUGCGGUGGAAGAUGACGACCAGGGAGGAAGAGGAGGAAAACUUUCUCAGCUGGAGCUUCGUCGUCUCGCUGACUCGCUCCAGCAGCUUGUCUCCUCCAAUCACUCUUCCUGUGCUCUGUUCCUGCUGGCGGAAGUGCAAGAAUUGCUAGGAGACUAUGUCUCUGCCUCCUCCUCCUACAACCUCUCAAUCGCCUCCUAUCGCAGCAGCGCCGACCCGUUCAUGCACUGCUUCGGCGGCUUCUUCCUGCUGUCUCCCUCCGUCUCCCUCCUCCGUAUGGCACUCAUCGACGCGUGUAUCCUCAAGGGAGAUCGUUUCCUUCCUCUCCUGCAGCAGGUGAUGAAGAUGGCUCCCUGCUUGUUAGAUCAGGAGGAGGAGGAGGAGGAGGAGAAGCAGACAACUGAGAAGAGGCAACACCCAGAAGAAGACAGGGAGGAGCAAGAAUCGCUCAACCCAGCUGCAUACUACGACGGGAGACUGCAUGGAGCAGCGAGGGCAGCGAGACAAGUCCUGCUCUGCUGCAACACAACCCUCUCCUCCUCCCUCGAGGCUACCGAACGAGCUCUCCUCCUUAGCCCAGCAGACAACCUCCUCCUCCUCCAUCGCGCGAGGCUCCUGGCUGAGCUGUUCCAGCACGAGGGCUGCAGCAUCGAGAGCGUCAUAAGAGGGUUUCGUCUCCUCCUCGCCCUGUACCCCUACAACGAGCAGGCGAUGCGGGGGCUAGCGGAUGCUCUACAAACAGCAGAGGACGACGAGCUGCUGGAGCAUAUCGAUGAGAGCAGCAGGAGGAGUGAGCACAAGACCUACUGGCAGCUGAGGAGGAUCGAGUACGCGAUCAGGCUCGGAGACGAAGAGGAAGUGGAAGAGGAAGAAUUCUUCGCAGCAGUGAAGGAGCUGGAGGAGAUUGGCCGCCAGGACCCGAGCAACGGGCAUGUUCGCUUCCUGCAAGGGAUGGCGGAGGACGAGGAGACAGAGGGAGGGCGGACGAGGGCGCUUGACCUGUACCAGCAAGCAAUCGUCCUGGAUCCUCAGCACAGGAUGGCGAUGCGAGCUUCGGCAGAGUUGCUGGAGGAGGAGGAGAGGCUGGAGGAGGCGCGCAGCAUGUACGAAAGAAGUCUCCUCCUCCUCCCCAACGACCUCCAAGACCUCCUCAGCUGCGGCCGCGUGUGUGAGGGCGUGGAGGACGAGGCAGCGGCAGGGAGGAUGUACGUGCGAGCUCUACAGUUUCAGCCUCGCAAUGCGCAGGCCCUCAACAGCUGGGGAGUGUUCCUAUGGAAGAGGAGGAAGGACUUGGCUUCUGCCAGCUGUGUCUUCCAGGAGGCAGUCCAGCUACAUCCAGCUGACGGAGUUCUGCUGUCAAACUUGGCGGCUGUGAAGGAGGAGGGGGAGGAGGAGGAGAAUCUGCUCGCGGCCGAUCGCCUCCUCUUGAACGCGCUGCAGGCGAACUCCGACGAGCCAGACAUUCUCGUGCGGCUCGGCAAGCUGAGGUGGAGGAGGAGAAGGUUGGAGGAGGCCCGCUCCUUUCUCGACGCCGCUCUCAGCAUGGACCCAGCGCACGAGGAGGCGCGGAUCCUGGCGAUGCAGCUUGAGGACAAGAUGAGAGCAGAUGGCAACGGGAAGGAGGAGGGGGCGGUCAAGGACGGACGAAGGAGGAGAGAGGAGGAGGAGGAAGAAGGGCCGCAGCAAGGACAGGAGAAGGAGGAGGGGCAGUUGAAGAUUCAUAUCUCCUGA